GUGUGACCCUGGACCACAAAACCAGUCAUAAGUGUCAGUUUUUCAAAACUGAGAUUUAUAAAUAAUCUGAAAGCUCAAUAAAUAAGCUCUCCAUUGAUGUCUGGUUUGUUAGGAUAGGACAGUUUUUUGGCCGAGAUACAACUAUUUGAAAAUCUAAAUCUAAAAUCUAAAUAUUGAGAAAAUCACCUUUAAAGUUGCCCAAAUGAAGUUCUUAACAAUGCAUAUUACUAAUCAGAAAUUAAGUUUUGAUAUAUUUACAGUAGGAAUUUUACAAAAUAUCUUCAUGGAACAUGAUCUUUACUUAAUAUCCUAAUGAUUUUUGGCAUAAAAAAGGCAAUAAUUUUGACCCAUACAAUGUAUUUUUGGCUAUUGCUACAGAUAUACCCCAGCGACUUAAGACUGGUUUUGUGGUCCAGGGUCACAUAUAUAUAUGUGGUAAAUAUGCUAUAUCAUCAUUAUUAUGACAUGAAAAGUUGAAUCUCUAACAAACUAAAUUAUGUUUAGGUCUAUGCCCUUGCCUGUAGUAAAGUACCGCUAACUUACGGCCUCUAGUGGCUGAUUAGUGCAAAAGAAAACGCUAAUUUCGUAGGAGUGACGCGGAUGAAGUUUGUCUCCUGCGAGGCGCCAUCCUCUGUACCCUUUCCCCUUUCCCUCUCUCAUAGCGAGAUUUCCCUUUAACUUUUACGAUUUUUACGUUUUAAAUUCAGUGCCUUUGAUUCGUUAUCUUGUUAGUCGUCUUGGUUAUAUUCCGCGUGUGGCAUGAUGUUCACGUCCACCGGUUCGAGGGGAUUGUAUAAAGCACCCCUGUCCAAGAGCUUACUGCUGCUUCCUACGGUCCUCACUGUGCUGUUGACUGUGCUUCUGCCUCAGUACCAGGAUGUGUUCACAUACAACCUCCAGGCUAUCAGGCAGGGCAAGCAGUUCUGGAGGCUGGUGAGUGGACGGCUCAUCUGCUUGGACCUGAAAGACACUUUCUGCAGUAGUUUGCUUAUCUACAAUUUUCGCAUUUUUGAGAGAAGGUUUGGCAGCCACAAAUUUGCUUCCUUCCUCUUUGGAGCAUGGAUUCUCUCUGCUUUUGUGGACCUGCUGCUGACAGAGGCUCUUCGCUUCAUGUUUGAACUUAAGGUGGAUGUUCUUCCAGCUGGACUAUUGGGCCCAGUCUUUGCUCUCUUUGUGCCUUUCUACAGCUCCAUCCCACGAGUUCAGGUCACUCAGCUGCUUGGUCACAUCUCAGUCACAAACAAAUCUCUGACGUACAUUGUGGGUGCACAGCUCCUGACCUCAAGUGCCUACAUGUGGGUGGUUGCUUGUAGUGGACUGAUCGCAGGCAUGUUGUAUUACAGUAAUAAGUUGGCAGUCCAGAAGUUCUUACGUGUGCCAGGAUGGGCAGCCAGAUGUGGUUCGACGCUCCUAGAGCCGGUCUUCUCUGAUUCUGAGCCCACUGCAGAAGCCCCGCUGGGGAUGGGCGCUACUUUGGACAUCCAGAGACAGCAGAGGAUGGAUAUGCUGGACCAGCAACUGCUCCUGUCUCAGCUGGCACACCUCAGGAGAAAUGCACAGCAACAACAGGCUCAGACAGGUCUCCUGAAUUGGAACAGAUUCUUCCCAACCUUAAGGCACAGAGGACAGAACCAGCACCGUGAGGGUCCCCAGCCACAACAGCCCACCUAUAUGCACCCGCCGGAUAACACAGCUGUGGCUGAGGAGCAGGUUGCAAGAUUAAUGGAGAUGGGUUUCUCGAGGAUGGAUGCCCAAGAAGCUCUCAGAGCAUCUAACAAUGACAUUAACAUUGCAACAAACUUCUUGCUUCAGCACUAAGACAAAAUAAAUUGAAGAUGACUAGGAGGACAAGGAGAAUGAGUUGAAAGUACUUAGGAACGCAACACUGGUGUCAUAACCACACCUGUUGGAAGCAGUUAAAACCGCUGUUUUACACAACUCACAGGAGCCGAUGAUGUCACUUCCUUUCUGAAUGGGCAGUGUGGAAGUCCUGCUCCUGUGUUGUACAGUGCUACUAGGAGUUGACUUGCAUUUGCAACCCUCUCUGGUCCACAGCACAGAGCCAACAUGGUGGACAGUUAUACAUUGUGUCUCAGGGCUUGUGCCAUUUGGCAUCGUCCUUGAACCUCCAUCUUCUAAUAAUUAAGAAUUCUAUAAUAUAUUGAUAAAUUAUUAAACCAUGUGUUGUUUUGCUAUAAAUAAGCUGAAUAUAAGUCUUAAUUGAAUAGUUCAUCCAAAAAUGUACUCGUCCUCAUGUUCUUCCAAAGCUGUGUGGUUUUUCAGUCUUCCAUGGAACACAAAAGAGGAUGUUUAGCAGAAAUGCUGUGGCUGCUCUUUUCCAUAUAACAAAGUGACUUAGUGACUUUGAGUGACUACACUCUUAAAAAUAAAGGUGUUUCACGAUGCCAUAGAAGAACCUUUUUUGUUUAAAUGGUUCCAUAAAGAACCUUUAACAUCUAAAGAACCUUUCGGUUUCACAAAAGAUUCUUUGUGUCAAAAGAAAGUUCUUCAGAUUAUAAAAAGGUAAGAAACAGAUGGUUCUUUAAAGAACCUUUGACUAAAUGGUUCUUUGUGGAACCAAAAAUGGUUCUUCUAUGGCAUCGCUGUGAAGAACCUUUUAAAGCUCCUUUAUUUUUAAGAGUGUAGUGACUGUCAAGCUCCAAAAUAUAGGACUAUAAGAUAGCAUAAAAGUAGUCUGUAUUACCUUUGUGGUUAUUUUAGGUGAGUUGAGUCAAAUGAGUCCUUCUGUAGUCUGUGCUUGAUUCCAGUUUGACAGUUUGAUGUAUUGUAGUUCAACAGGUUCUCGAGUCUCAUAAAACAGGAUAUGAGAUCUGUGAAAGAGGCCAAAGUUUAAUUUCAUUUUGUUCCUCACGCAAAAGCUCUCAAUGGUCUUGUAAUAUGGUGUAUUACAACACUCUUUGGUGCUUUUUUUUUGAUAGACAUACUUUUGUUGUGUGGAAAAGAGCAGCUUGAACAUUCUUUAAAAUAUCCCUUAUCACAGUAUUUUUGUGUUCAUAAGAGAAAGAAAGUCAAUGUUUUAGGCCUGACAUGAGGGUGAUUAAAUGAUGACAAAAUUAUUUUUUUUGGGUGAAAUGUUCUUUUUUUGUUGUAGUUUAAAACUUAAAGGGCUAGUUGUAUGGCAGUGUAUUUAAAGUACGCAUGGAUUAAGUGGAUUCUUGAAGAGACCACUGCCACUGACAUGCCAUUUAGUUCAGAAUCAAAACUAAUUAAGGUUUGGGAAACAGAAAGCAUGAAAGUAUUUUUUUUUUUUUUUUUUUUUAAAUUAAGCAGAAACACAAAUUAUGUCAUUGUUAUUGUGACGCUGGUGUCUGAAAAGCCUCAAAAAGUACCAUGACUUUUAUAGUGGCAUGAUAAAAAAGAAUCAAGUGGAUAUUUGUGAUAUCUUAUGAUGCUUAGAAACUUUUUCUGCACACUGAAAAUGGAUAAUAUUCAGAGCAUCUCUAUCAUUGUGUUUAUCUGAGAGUGGGACAAAACUUUUUUUAACAGCAUGAUUUGUCUGUGGUACAAAAAGAUGAGAUGAAAUAUUGUUUAAACUCUGAUUAAAGGGAUAACAACAGUGUUGAUAACCAUAACUGGUGUUAAAAUGCCUUUAAAGAAUACAGGCAUUUAAUUAUGAGAUUAUGAUGUUAUAUGCCAAUAAGAUUUUGUUCAUGUGAAUGUUCUUUUAUUAUUAUGCAAAAGUGUUUGAUUUAGUGUCUAAUUAAGCGGUAUUCAAAAUCUGAAUUGUUUGAAAAAUGUUUGUAUUAAUUAAUGUUUUGACUGUGAGGAAAUCACUGGUAUACACAAAAGAAAAUCACUCCUGCCACUCUAAAUGUUCUGUGUUGGACACUCAUUGUGGUCAGUUUAUUACUUAUAUAAUAAGUUUGAUUGCUCUUUUCUAUUCAUCUUUCCAUUCAUCUUUUUUUUUUUUUUUUUAAAUACUAAACUCAUUCUGUAAACCACCAGAGCAUACUUUUAACAGCCACUCAACCCACUAGAGAAA